UAAAGCUCCCGAGAACCGUUCGACUUGUUAGACGGAGAUAUCACCUGACAGGGAUCUCCUUUACCACCGACCAAACUACCUCAUAAACCUCGAGCGCGCCGCGCGCGCGGAAAGCUUGGUCGAAAAAUGCCACUCCACCUCCUAGGCAAGAAGUCAUGGAACGUCUACAGCCCCGCCAACAUCGCGCGCGUGCGCGCCGACGAGGAGGCCGCGCGCGCCGCGGACCAGGCGGCCGAGGACCGGCGGCGGGACCGCGAGGGCGCGCGGCGCAUGGCGGUCCUGCGCGGCGAGGCGGCGGACGGUGAUGUGGGGGAGGAAGAGGAAGAGGAGGAGGAGGAGGGGAAGAAGGAGAAGGGUGGUCGCAGGCCGCGCAGGCGGCACGGGGAGGACGAGACGGACUUUGAGAUGCGCGUGGCGCGCGAGCGGCAGGCCGAGGCGGCGCUGCUGCAGGCGAGGGGGCGGGAGGGCAGGCGGGCGGGCGGGGAGGAGGAGGCGGCGGUGGCGGCGCGGCCGAUCGUGGACGGCAGGGGCCACAUCGACCUCUUUGGACAGGGCGGCGGCGGCGGCGGCGGCGGUGGCGGCAGGAGUAACCGGGCGGCCGCGGAGAAACACGCCAACGACAGCGGCGGCAGCGGGGGGAUGCGCCUCGCAGACGCGGCGGGGAGGGGUUCCGCAGUGGCGGGGAAGCCGUGGUACGUUGACGGCGGGAAGAAGGAGGAGACCAACGUCGGCGGCGGCGGCGACGACGCGGGGCCCGAGGGGGUGCCGACGCACAACGUCUUUGGGCGCGAGGACCCGGGCCGCAAGGCGAGGGCGGCCGCGCGCUUCGUCUCGGACGACCCGCUCGCUGCCAUGAGGAAGGGGGCGAGGCAGGCGCGCGAGGUCAACAGGAGCAGGCGGCGCGAGGCCGAGGAGCGCGAGGAGGCGCUGCGGGGGCUGAGGCGGGACGAGAGGCGGCGGGAGAGGGCCGAGGAGAGGAGGAGGGCCGCCCGGGGGCGGCGGUGGCGGGACGACGGGGAACGAGAUCGGGGGCACGAUGGUGAGGGGGGCUCGGAGCGCGGUAGCAGGCACGGUCAGGGACAUGAUGGGCCUGGCCGCCAAAAGCGGCAGGGAGGCCGGAGCAGGAGUCGGAGCGGCGAACGCAGGAGGGACCGAAGCAGAGACGGGCGCCGACGGAGCCGUUCGCCUCGCGACGAGCGCGACAGGGGUCGGAGUGGUCACGAUAGGCGUCAUCGCAUUAGGGGAGAGGAUGACGGGUAAAUUAGGGGUAACGAUUGGCAAGGUGAUCCCGCCACCUUGGCUUGGUCUAUUUCCAUCUUACAAGCUUACAAUACCAGCAACGAAGCCUACUCCAACAAACUUUGAUCUUGCCCAUGUUUCCUCCCCGCCCAAAACGCCAUGCUCAGCAAAACAAGCAAAAGAGAUGACAAGAACAGUCAGAGACGCGCGUCAUUUGUUCUCCCGUUGGUCACUUGGUCUUCCACGGCAGCGAGAUCUCGACGGGCUGCAUGUCCUUCUCGACCAUGGCCGCCAGCUCCUCGACCCCCAUAUCCUUGAGCGCCGCCAGCACGAGGGCCGCCGUCUCGUCGCUCAGGCCCUCGGGGCGGUCGCAGUAGAUGUCGAGCCCCUCGGCCGUGAAGAGCGUGGGCGCGAACCACGUCACGGCCCACCUCUCAGCGCCCCCUCCAUUGUCGUCGUGGCCCGACGACGCGAGCGGCCGCUCGCCCCAGCCCAGCACCUCCCAGUGGCUCGUGACGAAGAAGAGCAGGCCCUUGCCGCGCCAGUCCCAAGACGUGUUGGCGGUGCCGCCGGCCGAGGCCGUGUCGACGCCGGCGACGGACUUGACGCCGCCCUCGCCGUCCCGGCUCUCGUACUCGACCAGAUCGUCCAUGCGGGCCGCGGACGACGACGAGGGCGGCAGCGGCUUGUAGGUUAUGCGGACGUUGCGGGCGGUGCGCCACAUGGACAGCGUUGAGUGCGUCACGGACCAGGUGCGGUGGAGGAGCUCGGCCGAGGGGCCGCCGUCCGGGGCGGGCGUCGGGGAGGAGGAGGAGGAGGAGGAGGCG